CUGAGCCUAGGCCAGCGCCUGCCCGGUGUGCAGAGGGAGAUGCCCCUGGCCCUGUUGUGCCGCCUGGGGUUCAGUGAUCGGGGUUUUGUGGACCAGUUAGUGGGGUCAGGGAGCGUGGGCCCGGAACCCUGGGCCCGGUACCUGGGGGAGCUGCUGCUGCUGCUGGAGCCAGACUCCGAGCCCGAGCCUGGGACGGUGAGCCGGGCCGAGCUGCUGCUCUCCCUCCUGGGUCAGGUGUGUCGCUGCUCGGCCCAUCACCUGCCCUAUGUCCGGGCGGUGGUGUCCCCGGCUGGGGAUUGGGGUACCCUGCGGCUAGCUCUGUGCCACCCGGAUCCCGGGCUCCGCAGGAAGGCCUGUAGCCUGACAGCCUGGCUGCUGUCGGAGCAGGGAGCGCCCCCUGUCCCACUGCUGGAGGCCGUGCUGCCCCUCCUGGGGGACCCUGAGCCCGGGGUACGAGAGAGCGCCGGUCUGGCGGUGGGAAACGCAGCCUUCGGGGGCAGCUGCGUCACCGCUGGGGCACUGCCUGCUCUCCUGCACCUGCUGUCUGACCCCAGCCCACGUACCAGGCGGCAUGCCUGCUCAGCCCUGCACAACCUGGGAACCAGCCAUUGCUCCUCCUCCAGCUCCGGGCAGGCCCUGGGCCAGCUCCUGCUCAGCUCUGCCGUCCCCCAGCGGCUCCUACAGCUCGCCGCACCCCAGCGGCCACACAGUCAGCCUGCUCCCGUCCGAGAGGCUGCUCUCUCCGCUCUCAGGGCACUGGCACAAUGGCCCCACAUCCGGGAGGUUCUGAUCUCGAUGAACUCCUGUGAGAAGCUGUCUCUGAUUGUCCAGGAGACGGAGCAGUGUGUGCUGGUCAGUGCCAGGAACACUGACCGCUCCGUCCUCCAUCACUGUCACAGGCUCCUGGAGACUCUCAGUACCAGCCCCAGUGAGUGACGGCUGGCAGCAGCAGGAUUACCGAUGAACACUGUGCUGGCUCACUGGGAUAGGCUGAGGUGUGGCAGUCCACCGUCCACCAGGAGCAUCGAUGUUUCAUUUAACCAACGGGAAACAGCUCCCAGGGACCUC